AUCUGAUUGUAUCUGGUUCGUGGGAUCAAACGGUUCGGACAUGGGACGUUCGCGAUAAAGACUCACAGACCGGAGUAUAUAAAAUGGAAAAUUCUGCCAAAGUUUUUGCGAUAUCUCUGGUCUCUUAUAGAUUAGUAGUUGCCACAGCCUCAAGACAAUUUUAUAUUUAUGAUAUAAGAAACAUGUCUGAAAUACUUCAGAGUAGAGAAAGCAGCUUAAAGUUUAUGACUAGUUCAAUCGAAGGACGCGUAGCUGUCGAGUUUUUUGAUCCAUCACCUGAAGUACAAGCGCGUAAAUACGCUUUCAAAUGCCAUCGGAAGAUGAUUGACGGAGUUGAUACGGUUUAUCCUGUCAAUGCACUUGCUUUCCAUCCAACACUUGGCACUUUUGCCUCUGGAGGUGCUGAUGGUGUCGUGAAUAUUUGGGACGGAUUCAAUAAAAAACGUCUUCGACAGUACCCGCAAUACCCAACUAGCAUUGCCAGCUUGGAUUUUAAUAAGGAUGGUCAGUAUUUGGCAAUUGCGAGUAGUUACACAUUUGAAGAGGGUGAAAAAGAUCAUCCACCGGAUUCUGUUUUUAUAAGGCACAUUAGUGAGAAUGAAUGUAAACCAAGACAUUUGACUCCACUUCCUUAA